AUGAGCCCGCAGCUCGCCCUGCCGAACGAGAUCGUCGAGAGGGUGCCGCUCACGGACGUCGAGAAGGGCCACGCGCCAUGCAAGGUGUGUGUGACGGGCGUCUCUGGCUACUUGGCGUCCUGGAUCGCGAAGCGCCUGCUCCUGCUCGGGCACCAUGUGGUCGGGACGGUCCGCGACGUCAACGGGAAGGCCACGGACGAGCUGCGCGCCCUCGCAGAGGGCACGCCCGGCAGCAUUGAGCUCGUGGCGGCCGAGUUGACGCGCGACGGCAGCUACGACGCAGCGGUGGCGGGAUGCGAGCUCGUGAUCCACCCGGCGACGCCCGUGGCAGUCAACGUCGGCAAGAACGAGGCCGAGGAGAAGGUGGUGCGUCCAGCGAUUCAGGGCGUGGAGAACGUGCUGAGCGCGGUGGAGAAGAGCGGGACAGUCAAGCGGGUGAUAUAUACCGGGAGCAUGGGCGCGAUCCAAGGCGACUUCGAGCGACCAGACAGCUACGUGCACACUGAGGACGACUGGGCGACGCUCGAGGCCGCGACCGUCCCAUACACGCGCUCAAAGAUCCUCGCGGAGAAGCGCGCGUGGGCGCUGUUCGAGGCGCAGGCGGGCGAGCAGCGCUGGGAGCUGUGCGUGAUCAACCCGGGGUUCAUCAUGGGCCCGCCGCUGACCACCCGGGCCUCGAAGAGCGUCGACGUGAUGCGCAUGAUGCUCACGGGCAAGCUCUGGCCGAUGAUUCCGCGCAUGGGCUUCCCCGUGUGCGACGUCCGCGAGGUCGCCGCCGCGCACUGCGUCGCCGCCUGCGACGCCGCCUGUCGGGGGAGGUAUAUUGUGGGGGGUCCCAGCAUGGACCUGUUCGAGAUAUCUGAUUUGCUGAAACCCAAGUACGGCCACGUGCUGCGGCUGCCGGCGUUCUACAUGCCGCGGUGGAUCCUCUGGCUCGCCGCGCCGGCGAUGGAUAUCGAGCGGGGCGACGCGAUGAAAUGGAUGGGCCGCAAGUCGCAGGCGUCGGCGGAGCGUGCAAAGCGAGAGCUGGCCCUCGAGCAGCUCUUGGUCGACAAGCGGGUGACCAUGGAGGACACCGCGGUGGCGUGCGUGUGCCUGGACCUCGUGCCGUCCAACCGCAAGCUGUGCCGGGCCGUGCAGGCCGAGCUGGGUGGCAGCAAGUGA